CAUUUUGUUAAAAAAUGACAUAUAUAAGCUAUUUUACAAUGUGUGUGUAAUCGCAAGAUGCGGAUCGAUACUCAACACCUGUCUUCACUUCAAGACAUAUUUGGAUUUGAAAGACGAUUAUUACUGCUACCUCCAUGGAUUCCCCAGGCCGGAAUUCCAAUAGCGUUAUUCCGGAGUCUUCUCUCAUGGAUGAUUUUAGCAAGAGAAAAAUUAUGAAACAACGAACAAGGCCCAGUCUGUUGCUGUACAGCCUGGAUCGCACACGGAAACGUGAAACUUCCCUAGCCUUAGGGUGCCAGAGGUCUGAGGAGACCAAUUCUCAAAAUCUAAGCUGGAGGAAUUCACAUUUUCUCUCUGAGCAUUGGAACCCCAAGAAAGACUUGGACACUGAUCUGCUGCAAGAUAUACAUAUUAGUUCGGUGAAAUCCAAAAUGUCUGGCCAUUUCUCAGACGUGCCUGAAGAUUUAGAUUCUCAGCCAAUAGAUCUGUCCAAGAAAAAAACAGACCCACCAGUACAAACUCAUGAUGUAGAUAAGAAAGAACCACUUUGCUUGAAGGUGACAGGUGAAAAGUCUCAAGAUGAACCAGCAGUGACAGCCCUUGCUAAAGAAGAGCAGGAUACAACUCACCUUGAACAUAAAAACAAAAAGGCUGCAGAAGAAGGAGUAGGUCUUCUCGGUGGACGAGAAUGUUUUUCAGACCAAACAGCAGCUCGUGAGACGGAGAGCAGUCACAAAAAGGAAGGUCUGAGCAUCAUGAAGCUGUACCGAAGUGAGAGAAGUAAUGGGAACAGCUUGGUUAUGGAGGUGGACUUGGUUGGUGAAUCCGAAGUUAAGCUAGUUGGUGAGAGCCCACUGAAUGGCCUGGGUGAAUCGUGCUUACAAAGUACAGUAUCAAGCAACACACCAUAUUGCACAUCUGAGAAUUCAAGCAAAGACCGAUCCUGUUACUCAGAUUAUUUGUUAUCGUCCAGUGAAGAUAGUGCAGGACCCUGCCAGGACUCCACUUCCAAAACUGAAGACAAGGAAUCUAAAGGUUAUCUCCUCAUCGAUGAUAAAGGGAUUCCAUAUAUCUUCACAGGAGACCAUGCAUCAUCAGAGUACUUGGGUACCGCAGGCACAGCUUCUGUGACUGGAGCCUCUAGAGGAUUUUUGAGUUUACAUGUUCAUGAUGAAGGCUACACUUUAUCUAAACGAAAACGGAGCAUACCUGCCACAGCAAUGAGCGAGAAGACUUUAAACGCUUUGAAAGCUGGGCAGAGUGGAUCAGUAGCAGUGGUUACACAUUCUUCCGACCUUCGUGAUGGUGAAGUACUUGGUACCAUGGCAUCUAAAGAGGACCAGGAUAUUUCCUCAGUUUUAAGCUCAGCCUCUACUUCUACAUAUACCUUAACAUUUCCAUCCACUGGUGUUACUUCUCCAGGGAAGGCUGCAGCUUCAAAUAGUGCUCCUAAACGGGUGCUGUACUGCCAGGUCUGCUUCCGCGCCUUUUUCUACCUCUCAGACUUGGAGCGACAUAGCAUCACUCACUCGGAGCACAAGCCUUAUGUAUGUGGUGAGUGUGGAAAACGUUUUAAAAGAUCUAGUCACCUGGAAAGACAUAAACACAUCCACACUGGUCAGCGGAACUAUGCUUGCGCCAUAUGCGGUAAGCGCUUCCGGGAGGCCGGUGAGCUGAUGCGCCACCAGCGAGUGCAUACUGGUGAAAAGCCAUACCAGUGCGAGGACUGCCACAUGCGCUUUGCAGAGAGGAACACAUUGAGGCGGCACAUUAAGCGGAAGCAUGCCAGGGAGGGUCUGUUCUCAGAUGAGCCACAAGGGGAGAUGCUUAUGAGGGCCAGUGGUGACCUCUCUGACAGUAAGCUGGGUUGGUACUCUGGCAGCUCUGCUGUUCCUGGGGAGUGCAGUGAGGGGGAAGACAAUGAGGAGAUGGCCAGUGUGAGCAAAGAUGAAGAGACUUUGAAAAAAGAAGAAGAGGAUACUGUCCUCUGAUCAAGAGAACAAAAAUAAAGACUUGACCUGCACUUGAAUCGGUGAACUUGGCUUUGCUUACUUGGAAAUAGAAAAUGACAGCUGCACCCUGUGAGGUCUAGGAUGCCCAGCCCUCAUAUGAGGCUAAGUUGCCUGGCACUUGGCUGCUGGUGGCCCAAGGUGCUCAGCCCCUGAAGCUGCCUCCUACAGAUCUCUAUAUGCCCCCUGCUGGGCCAAAAUGCCAGGCUUCUCCCUUAACUGGUAGGAAGGGGGUGGGCAAGGUGGGACAUGUUGCCCCCAAAGUUGACACAUUUGAUAUGUGAUCGGUGAAUGGCACAGUUCUGUUCCAGUUGCAAAACAGAACAUGAAGGAUACCUUAGAUAAAAGUCCCCCAAAAUAUUCAGCCCCCUCAUGUUAUUAGGUGAGUGGCUGUCAAUUGCUGCCAUAUAUGUUUAAUGGUCUGUAAAUAUGAAGUGUCCCAUGUGCAAAGUGUCUGAUCAGGGUAGCUCUUUGUUCUCCUCUGCUAAGCAUCUUGAGAAGAAGUAAUCCCCAAAGAGUGUCAAUUUCAAUGAUAUUGCUGCACCUUAGUGGUGCUGUUAGUCCUUUGGUGAGGUACAUUUCUCUGUUACCCUUUUGUUAUGUAUCUUCCUUUUUUCAUUUUUGGCAGUUUAUUUAUGCAUACAGGGGCCAUGAAAUUAAGAGCAUUUUUUUAAUGUUAGCCAUGUGUUGGAAAAGGAAGGACUGGAGGGUUCUGAAACUCCACCUUGGGACUGAAAUUUUGUUCUCAAUUUAUUGCAGUUAAUAUAAAGAAUAGCUUUCUGAAUGGUUUCAGGAACAUUCAUGGAGAGUGGUGUUAUGUUUCAUUUUUAUUUGCACAAUGCUAGUAAGGAUGCCACUAUACUGUCUACACGUGACAAUAUACAUCCUAUAAAUGGAAUUCCCCUAUGAUCAGUCAAAUUAAUAGUCAGCCAGGCAGUGUGGUCAGCUAGUGGCUGAGGCAUUUGACUGUAAACAUCAAUGGUGUUGGUAUUUGACCCAUGAAAAAGUGACAUAACUUGCCUAUGCUAUGCUUGCACAAAUAUUGAAAACACUGUACUUGUAAGGACCUUUGAGGUGGUCUUUACUAUGAAAAGGCGCUAUUUAAAAUAGUCAUUGCUUUCUAAAAUAUAGUGACGGUGCUAACUCAAUAAACACUUAAAACAGUGGGUUCUCCAACCCUGCUGGACUGUAAAUCGCAAAGUUCCUGAUUCAGACCCCACUACUCACUCACUGUGGGAUCUUUUGUGAGUGACUUCACCUAGCAGUGCUUACCUUGUAUAAAAAUGCACGUGUAACACAGCUUGGGACUAUAGGAGUGUAUGAUAUAAAAUUCUUUAAUUUCAUCAAUAGUCAUUUUUUUCUAGUGUACAGCCUCUCACUCAUACAGAUGUAUAAUUUUUAUAUUUGGAGUGAUGCCAUAAAGUGGACCAAAGAUGUGCUGUGAUUGUGACAUCUUACAGAUUCCAGUCUAGCUCCGUAUCCAUUUUGUAUGAAAUAAACAUACGGGGUGUCCAUAAAGUCUGUGUGCAAUUUAAAAUAGUUGUAACUUUGUAAGUAUAUGUGAUAGAAUCUGUAAAAAGGAUUAGAAUGAAGAAACACAUUUUUUAUUGUUCUUGUUCAUUUUCAACAUGUGCACCAUCAUUACUAAUAACAAAGGGUAAGACGAUUCUGUAGUUCUUGGAAAACUUUUUCAAGCUGAUUUUCAGUAAUACCAGCAAUCACAUCAGUUAUCCUAGCUUGCAAGUCUUGUAAAGAUCGAGGUUUGGUUGAAUAAACAUUAGUUUUCACAUGUCCCCAUAAAAA